GCCGCUUAGAUAAUAUAUUUUCAAAAUUAUCUUAAAAUUAAAUUUUUUUAGAGAUAAAAUAAACACUUUAAAAUGUAUAUUUCACAACGAAUUUUUAUAUAAUAUCUGCUAAAUUAAUAUGAAUUGGUUAAAGAAACUUUUCUGGUAUUGUUUACUGAUUGAAGGGUUCAUAAUCGUAAACGGUUCCAAAAAGUUUCCAGGUACCUUUAAAAUAGGAGUUGGUACCUCCGCCUACCAAGUGGAAGGAGGAUGGAAUGCCGAUGGAAAAGGUGAAAGUUGGUGGGAUUACGCCCUAAAUACACAAUGUAAUACGGCGGAUUGUGGAAAUGGCAAUGUUGCUGGGGAUAACUAUCAUAAGUAUAAGGAAGACAUUGCUAUUAUGAAAGAUCUAAAUGCGGGAUUUUAUAGAUUUUCUAUUUCUUGGUCCCGAAUUCUUCCAACUGGUUUCGCUAAUGAGACAAACCAAGCAGGAAUCGAUUACUAUCUUGAUCUCUUAAAGACCCUAAAAGAAAACAACAUUGACGCCGCAGUAACUCUAUAUCACUGGGACCUACCACAAAAUCUGGCGCAAUAUGGCGGAUGGCUCAACGAACAAACAGCCGAAUGGUUUGGCGAGUAUGCUCGAGUAGCCUUCGAAUUAUUUGGAGAUUACGUGAAAUACUGGCUUACUAUUAAUGAGCCUCAUGUAUUUUGUCUGGGAGGUUACGGUUCUUACCAUGGUAUGGGCUUUAUGUGUCCAGGUGAAACAGACGAGAAUGCCACAAAAAUUUAUCAGUGCAGUAAAGUGGCUCUUUUGGCACACGCUACAGCUUACCAUAUAUAUGAUACAGAGUUUAGGGCUAAGCAAGGAGGUAAAGUUACCUUAGUAACUGACAGCUCAUGGUACGAACCGAUUUCCAAUGAUACCAAGGAUUUGGAAGCAUGGGAUAGGGAGCUUCAAUUCCAAUUAGGUUGGUUUGCUCAUCCUGUAUACUUGGGUAACUGGCCUCAAGUUAUGAUUGAGAGGAUCGCUGAAAGAAGUAAGGGAGAGGGAUUUGCUCAAAGUAGAUUGCCGGAGCUUAGCCAGGAAGAAAUUGAUUUUAUUAAUGGGACUUUUGACUUUUUUGCUUUAAAUACGUACUCGAGCACUCUUAUCGGUUGGGCUGAUGACUCUCCAAUAAGUCAACCCAGCUAUGAUCUGGACACGAACGUAUAUGCUACUUCUGACCCCUCUUGGACCUUUGCUGAGGUUGGAUAUGUGGUUUCUUGGCCUUUGGGCAUCAGGAAACUGGUAAAGUGGAUUAACGACCAAUAUAAUCCGGGGGAAAUUUUCAUUACUGAAAACGGAUGGACGAGCGGUGAUUAUCUGAACGAUACUGAUAGGAUUACUUAUCAAACUAGUUAUCUAGAAAAUGUCUUGGAUGCCGUUUUAAUAGAUAACGUGCCUGUUACCCAUUAUACUGUAUGGAGCUUAAUCGAUACCUUUGAAUGGGGUAGCGGAUAUACAGUUAAAUUUGGCAUGGUGCAGAUAGAUUUUGAGAGUGAUAAUAAGACAAGGACAUACAAGGACUCAGCAAAUUGGUUUAAGAAGGUUGCGACAGAAAGAUGUGUUGGAUGCUAAGAAAUCAUAAGAUUGUUCUAAUUAUUUACUUUAAUUUCAUGUCUUUCUUCUUUUGAUAGACUUUUAUUAUACAAAAUUUAAUUAUAUGUGAUUUUUCAAAUAUAAGAAAUAGCUAAUUUA